AUGGACACCAUCAACUCUCUCAGGACUCGCGUCUCGUCGUACUUCGAACGCUUGGCCGACUACAUGGACAAUAUCAUCCCACGCGCUAUCACCGUGAUCUCCAAGGCUCCGGCAGGCCGCCGCUUCAUUGUCUGGGCUGAUAUCUUCGUAAAGGAGAACGGCGUCUUCAUCGAACACUUGAUCGGUUUUGRCCUCAUCUACACGUCUCUUCUACUCUACAAGAAAUAUGGACACGAGAGCUCCGGCAUCGCCGCUCAAUUCCCUCACUUGGGAACGCUUCUCGCAGCUGCCUACAUGUAUACCUGCUUGUCGUACUGGGAGAAUUCCGACGGCAUCUCUUUGGGCGAUGAGCGCCUCCCCGCAGCGAUACUUAAAAUGGAAAUCUCCAGCGAUGGAACCCUUGGCUUUUUCAUGAUGUGGGCGUGUGGAAAUUUCAACAAUUAUCUGAUCGAGAUGUUCAUCGCGUUCAUCAUAUUCCACAUCGGCACCAGAGAUUGGAUCAGGGUGUCAGACAAAUUCGCACAGCUAGACUCCCAGGCCGAGUCGACCGUUCUUCUCACAGAGGGCGCUGGAUCCUCUGAUGCUGCUUUUCAAGAAGAUAUCAACGACGAGAUUGUUAAGUCUGAGGCAGAUGAUGAGUCUGAAGUAGAUGACGAGUCUGAGGCAGAUGACGAGUCUGAGACGGAUGAUGAAAUCGCCUAUCUCGAGGAAGAGUUGGACCAGGCUCAAGAUGAAAUUGCCACGCUCGAAUCGAAACUGGAUACUGCCACGAUCAGAGCAUCUCUCCUGGUAGAAGCAUGCUCUAACAAAGCCGAAGAGACCGCAAAUCUCGAAAAUGAACGCGCGCAACUCUCGAAGCAAAUCCUAGACCACGAACAGACGAUUUCCAAGGACAAAGCCAACAUCAAAUCCCUCCUCGACCGCGAUGUCAAAAUGCAGCAAGCUCGGGACUCCACCGUACAAGCGCUACAACUAAAGAUCGCAAGCUACGAGCGGAUCAUGUACGGACUGGACAAGCAAAUCUUGGAUCUAACCAAGAAAGCCGUGUCCAGGGAAGAAGCAAUCUCGGCCCUUGCCCAGCGCAAUGAAGUUCUCCAAAGCAAUACGACUGUCAUCCAGGAGCGUUACAACUCCGUCGUCACUCAAAUCCAAGCUGCCCACAAAGAGCAAGUUCAAAAGACCCUCGCCCUGGAGCGUGAAGUGCAGGCUCAGCACAGCUUCAACGCCGUCCUUGUCCGCAAAUUCGAGUCAGCGAAUAGAGGUUUGGCAAUGAAGAAUGACAUUAUUCGCCAUGUUUCGGAGAAACACGAAGCCGCUGAGAAGGAGUUGGCCGCCAAGAGCGAAGCGAUUGAGGCUCUUGCCGCGAAGAUUGCGGCUGUGGAGGAGAAGCAUGUUGUGCUGAAGAAAWGCAUCGAUCAAGAUCAAUCCGCCCUUCCGGUCGGCACCGAAGAAGGUGAAGAUGAGAUUUCAGCUCCAAGCGGUCAUGCCAAUGAGGAUGAAGCCGAGACCUCUGCGCCGGUUGAGGAUGAAGAUGAAAACGAGGACAACGGGGAGUAUACUGACUCCUCGUACGAGUCGGAGUUUGACAUGUCGGACGAGGGAGAGUACGAGAUGGUGGAAGAGAAUCCUGACAGCAACUAG